AUUAGAGAUGGACAGUGCAUUUGACAAUCUACAGACUUUCUGUGAUUUAACAUUAUAAAAUUAUUUAUACAGUUUUUUAUUUAUUUUCUAUUGUUGUCUUAAAAAUAAAAAAAAGUACCUAUUUACCAGUCCAGCUAAUUAUAUUUUUUGUAUUAUUUUGGAAUUGGCUUUAUAUUUGUUAUGCUAUAACGAAUAAAAAAUGACACUAUUUUAAUUGUUGUGUCCUACCCCUAUUCUUAAAUUAUUCGUAUUUGUAAAUUUGAAGUAAGAGAAAUAGUGUGAUUUUAAUACUGAUGAAAUGGAGUUAACGCAAACGACAACUCUCCCCGACUCCUUACCGAGGAUUAACGGAAUCAAAGAGUCUUGCAGAGUGUGCAUGGCCAGGAAAGCUAACAUGAGUCGAAUGUUUGAUACGGAAUUCGAUUUUAUCAGUCAAAUUGAAUUUUGUACGGGAGUUGUGUUCGCAAAAGAAGACGGCUUACCUUCACAAAUAUGUGAGACAUGUGUCACUGAUCUCACUGUCGCUCACAAGUUUAAAACAACUUGUAUACAUGCUGACAACAUGUUCAGGAAACUCCUCACCGAUAUCAAGAUUGAAGCUAGCGAUGAUGAAUUAAAUGAUGUAUCAUAUAACUUAAAUGAGGUUGAUGUAAAAAAGGAAACUCUGGAUGAUGAGAUUUGUGAUGAAAUAACAAAGGAGAUAAAGUUAACGCCACAUGUUAAUGAAAGCAAGACAGAGAUCAAGAAAGUGGCAAAAGUGCGUAAGACUCGUGGCCCGUACAAGAAAACUGGACGACCUAAGAGGCUGAGGAAGUACAAGUUCACGAGGCUGCAGUGCGAACCGUGCGGUGUCAAGUUCACCAGCAGGGAACAGUCGGAGGAGCACAAGCGGAGUGUGCACAAGGAAAACGAGAGCUGGGUCUGCGAGAUGUGCGGCAAGGUGUUCACCCACCGCGCGUCCCUGUACACGCACACGCGGUCGCACCUCCCCCCGCAGUACGGCUGCGAGCGGUGCGACUACCGCACCUGGCACAAGCACGAUCUCGUCAAGCACCUGCGGAUACACACAGGUGAGAAGCAGUACCAGUGCCACUUCUGCACGUCAUCCUACCACACGUCGUCGAACCUCACCGACCACAUCCGCCGCUUCCACGAGGGUGUGAAGCGCUUCCAGUGCCAGCUGUGCGACCGCAAAUUCUUCGACCGCACCAAACUCAACAGGCACGUGGACUCGCACAACGAGAUAAGGCGAUUCGAAUGUGAUAUAUGCCACUCAUUCUUCACACGCCGCUGUUACUGGAAGAAGCAUUUGUACCGGCAACACAACGUGGAAGUGCCACCGCAGCGGCCCGGGAGAAGACCCACGUGGGCAUCAGACAAGUUGCUGACCACACCCCAGGAGGUUGCGGAACUUUCAUAGCAGCUCCUGAUCGCUCGGCAGGUAGCUGCGCCAUCAUAGCGAUUCCUGACGAUACCCAGGACGUAUCUGAAUCUUUAUACAGUCCCUGAUGAUCGUCAGGAGGUAAAUGAGCUUACAUAAACAGUUCCUGACAGUCUCUCAGUAUCUCAGAUCAGUCUCAAGGUACUCUGAUCAGAGUCGAAGAGUGAAAUAGAAUGAGCGAAGGUACCUCAUGCAAUAAUGUGUAAUACCUCUGGUAUUGCAGGCGUUCAUAGGCUACGGUAACCGUUUACCAUCAGGUGGGCCGUAUGCUUGUUUGCCACCUCAGUGGUAUAAAAAAAAGUUAGAUGAUCCUUUAUAAUAAUUGCUGAAAAUCCUCAGGAAGUAUUUAAAUAUGCAAUAUAUAACUUUUCGAUCGAGUUAAAAAGGUCCAAAUUCGGUUGUAUUAUUUUUAUGUUUACCUCACAACACAUCUUCGUUAUUUAUAAACCGAUAUGGGUGAUUCUUUUUUUAUGAAAAUUAAACUAUAUACGUACAUACACAUGUAGGUACAUAUCGAUCACGCCUGUCUCCCAUUAGAGUAGGCAAAAACAAACUUUUUAUUUUUUUUUUAUACAACUUAGAAUGGCAAAUAAGCUGUCGGUCCACCUGGUGGACAGUGGUAACCGUCGCCUAUAGACAUGAGCAGUACCAUGGACAUAACAGAGUAUACUGUUUCGCCCAUGAUACACCCUAUGCGUCGCCAUUCCUGAGGACUCGGGUGUUAUUCCUCUGUGCCCUGUAAAUUCACUGCCAUAUGCCCACCCUUUAAACCGAAACACAGCCAUGUGAACGCAACUGCUUCACGGUAGAAACGUGAAUGGGAUAGAGGUGGCCAAGCAAACGAUUUUUUUACAAAGUCUCCCUCUGGUAAAACCUGCCUCUGGCGUUGCGGAUAAUCAUGGGCGGCGGUAGUCACUUACCAUCAGGUAAGCAGCAUGCUCAUUUGCCACCUGUAUUAUAAAAAAAAUGUGCGAUAGGAAAAUUUUACUCAAAAUAGCAAAAAAAAAAAAUUAUCUGGCAACACUGACUCGUUUAAUAAAUCAUUUUCAUCAAAUGGUAACUCUGUUAUGUCUAUUGCGACGGUAAUCACUUUCCAUCAGGUGGGCCGUCAGCUUGUUUACCAUUCUAAGUUGCAUAAACAAAAUCGCAUCAUGCAACUUGGGUAACGUUUUUGAAAAUUUUGGGUAAUAGUUUUAGUACUUGUAAACUCUGUACGGGUAUAUACGAUACAUAAUUAAAAUAAGAUAGUGUAAAAAUACUGAAAAUUAUAUCCAUUUAGAUAAAAAAUGGAUUUAUGUUUGUUUGUAUGAAAAUGUUUGGGUAAAAAUCAAAAUUCGCAUCUUGCAACCCUGAAAUGAGUAAAAAUCUGUGACAACCCUGUUGUCAGUGAGGGGAAGUGGGAUGUAAGUUGUCGGCGUCGGUGCACUCACAAUGGAAAGUACAUGAAAAAACAGUGUCACUUCUACCAUGAUUAUUUAUUCUUAUUAUUUAGUUUAUUUGCUAUAUUUUUAAUACUUUCGCGGCAGUACACUUUCACCUUACAACAUACGCGUGCGCAUACACAUUCACACGCACGCACGCACACACACACACGCGCGCUCACACACAUGUGCAUGGUUCCUGUAAAUAUGCAUUUAGUGGUUAUGCAACCACUGGUAUGUAUGUAAACUGCCGCCCUCUGCCUGUCGGCCUGUACUAUAAUUUUGGAAACGAUGCAAAUAUUAGCUAAUCAUCGAUUUAUUUGAAGUGAGUUUACUUAUCUUACUACAACAUACGCACGCACGCACGCACGCGCGCACUCGCACACUCGCACACGCACACGCACACGUACAUGCAAACGCACACGCACACGCACAAGCACGCACAAGCACGCACACGCACACACACGCACACACAUACGUACGCACGCACGCACGCACACACACAUACGCACGCACGCACACUUACGCACGCACACACACACGCACGUACACACACAUGUGCAUAGUUCCUGUAAAUAUGCAACCACUGGUACCAUAAUUUUUGAAAAAAUGCAAAUAUUAGCUAAUCAUUGAUUUAUUUGAAGUGAGUUUAGGAGUAAUUUACAAUUUUAUUAAUUUCCUAUACGUGUACAUAUAUAUACAUAUAAAUGAUGCAAAAUAUGCAUUGACGUUUCACCUUUCGAGAGCACUGAGCCAGCGACCUUAAUGCGAGAUGAAAGCUAAAAUUCCAUUGAAAUUCCUUUAUUGUGACUUAUUACAAUACUCUAAUGUAGAUAUGUGUCUACAUAGACACAUAUUUGGGACCAUAAAAUAUGACCAAUCACUAUAAAAUUUUAAUCAAUCAUUAAUCAAUCAUCUAUCAUCAUUAAUUAAUACAUAUAAUAAAAUUGUAACUGCUCGCUGUCUGUACAUGGAAGAUAUUUAACCCUUUGAGUGCCGACGAGCGCCAUCGCGCUCGUGCGCAUUGCAACUAAAAGUGGCACGAGCGUCAUAGCGCUCGUGGAAACAGUCGCUGUUUAGCUUGCUGUAUAAAAAAAUAAUAUUAAAAUUGGAUAAUUUUUGGAGGAGAUACAGUUUUUUUUCGAGACAAGGGUAAACGAUAUCAACACGACAAAGAUUUCUUUGGCAUUUUUAAGUAGAUAUGAGCAAAAAUCAAUGGCACUAAAAGGGUUUUUUUUUUAAUAGAUGAUAAUGGUAUGGUAACUCUUUGCGUUAAUAAACUUCCCUCCCUAUAAUAGUUUUUCUUAACCCUUUCAGUGCCAUUGAUUUUUGCUCAUAUCUACUUAAAAAUGCCAAAGAAAUCGUUGUCGUGCUGAUAUCGUUUACCCUUGUCUCGAAAAAAAACUGUAUCUCCUCCAAAAAUUAUCCAAUUUUAAUAUAUUUUGUACAGCAAGCUAAACAGCGACUGUUUCCACGAGCGCUAUGACGCUCGUGGCACUUUCAGUUGCAAUGCGCACGAGCGAGGUGGCGCUCGUCGGCACUCAAAGGGUUGAAUUAUAGAAAAUUUAAAUUAAAAUUUCUAAUACGUGUGUAUUGUUAUUUAUAAUAACGUUGUGAAAGAUUUUAUAUAACAGUAUUAAAUAAAUAUGCAAUAAUCUGUGAGAAAUUAUUAAUAAAUAAAUUGUUUAUACAAACU